UGCACCGACUCCAAAAAUGGGCAUAACACCGGGGCUAAUAGGUAGCUGUGCAAGCCUCAAAAGUGAGCGUAGGAUAGUUUGUGAAAUAUAACACAUUAAAUAACCUUUUUAUGAGCGACAGCCGUAAACAGGAAAGCAUUGCUGCACUUCGGGUUUUACUCGUAUAUCAUUCGACGCCUUAUGAAGAAGGAGCUCAGGGAAGAUGUCGCAGAAGUGUCCCUCAUUACCACCACCUCCUCCUCCUCCUCCUCCUCCUCCACCUCCUCCAGCCUCCACAGCCAAGAAGAAGCUGUAUCAGACCAUAGCCAGCAGCAGGAGUCCUGUGGAGGGGGACUACACUGAGGCCCGACUACUGCUCAGCCAAAGAGAGAGCAGUUUUAGGAAGGACCUGCAGUGGAUACUGGUGAACACAUAUGUGCCCUCCCUCAUCCAAGAUGGUCCACAGUGCGGUCUGGUGGCUCUGUGGAUGUCCGCUCACCUUCGACAGCCACAGCUGAGUGUUGACAUGGAAACUGUUGUUCAGAUGGCGCUGAGCAGGGGAUACACAGCACAGGGGGAAAUGUUUUCAGCUGACAACAUGGCUCUGCUGGCAGCGGAGGCUUGUGGCUGUGAGGCCGAGCUGCUGUUGGGAGGUUUAAGUGGUAAAAAUGCUGCAACCAUCAUCACACAUCUGUGGGGGAGACAGCCUGUUCUCAUCCCAUAUGAUGAGGACUACAACCAUGCGCCGUGCCAGCGGAGCGGCCACAAGGCGCACUGGGCAGUCGCUUCAGGUGUUCUCCUCGGUUUGGACCCGGGGAGUGUGAGCAAAGAGCUCACUCAGCCGGACCCCGCUCUGCCCUGGCUCCACCUCGCAGUAGACGGCAGCUCUGCUUGUCCUGUCGGUAGCACGGCAGUCAAAGAGGUUUACAUCCUGGCUAAGCAGGGUAAAAGCCUGAGCUACCAGCUAUGGAGUUUGGACAGUGUCGCUCAGAGCAACGAGCAGCUGAGGACGAUGGACCCCGGGAGAGCUGAUGACGGGACCCAGUACGUGGUUCCGCAGGGAGGCGUGGAGGCCGGGCUGGCUGGAAAGGCGGUGUUGCUCCACACAAGGACACAGAAGAAGUAAUGACGGAUACAGGGUGCAGUGCCUGAGACUCAGAAAACACUGUUGGAGGGGCAUCACAGUGAUCCCUCAUGCUGCUAUGUGAUCAAUGUGUAGAAUAAUCUUUUUACAAGUUUUUGAAUUCAUCCAAAAGUGGCUGAAAGUGUUGUGAACCUCCAGAUUACAGUAUUGAUACUGUAUGUGCUACAGUUUCGAUGUUCUGUUCAGAGUAAGUGUUACAAUAUGAGAUGGUAUUGAAUUAUGAAGGGACUGUUUGUUAUUUAUGAGAGCAGAUGAACUUUUUUAUGGUUAUUUGUUCUGCAUGUUUACAAAGUGACAAAUUGUCAUUUACCUCUUGGUGCUAAAUACAAUACUGACAGAGUGGAAUAUUUUUAAAUUGCUCACAUUUUCGUAGUGUUGUUGCACUCAAUCGGUUUUGGUCUCGAGUUAUCCUCUUGGACUCGGCUACAUUUUUACUCGUCCUUGUUUCGGUCUUGGACAAAGAGGACUCUGGAUUUUAUGCCAAGACCACAUCUGCAGAGAUCUCACUAAACUGCCUGUGUAAAGGAGUGUUAAAUAAAGGUGCUUCAGCUCCUCAGGGUUUCUAUUUGUUCUCUUGUAGAAAACAAAUGAAAAAUCCCACAUGUAAAAUUAAACUAUGUAAUGCCUUUUAAAUAUUUGAUCAAGACUUUUCUCAUGGUACACUUAUACAUACAACUAAAUAUACAGUAUGACAAUAAAAGAGGUGAAUGACGAAGAAUGUGAAUCUCUCAGAUAAAUUUGAGGAGCGUCUGUGGUUUGCAUGUUCCACAUUUUACUGUGAGUGUGUCGUGCAGCGUGGAGCUCACGCUGCUCUGGCCUUGCUUGGUUUAGGUGGUCUGGACUACAACACUGAAUUCUUGAUUAUGAUAUUCUGUCAUCUUCAUUCACCUGCAAAAGUUUUAGGAUAUUCAUUAAAAGAAAUAAAAAACUAUAUUCAGCAUUUGAUCUGAGAUGGUGUGUUUGGAGAGACUUUCUGAGAAUGAAGAACAAACUCUGAAAACUAUUUCCAGUUUAUUGCAAUCCAUGACUUGGACAAAGCAGGGAAUCAAUAUCAGUUUUAACCAGUCUGUCUGUGCUUUGCGACUUUAAAAAGCACUGCCUUUCAAAUAUACAAAAUGUGGUUAUGAAUCCAGUUUUCUUACUUACAAAGCAGCACACAGUGUGAAAACGUGAUCGUUUGCCACUUUACAAAUAUAGAAGAUUUGUGGGCAAACACUUAUAAUACUUUGUAAACACCAUAUUAUUCCUCUCUCCCAGCACGCUUACUUUUCAGUAAAUGAAAAAAAACGAAUUUGAAUUCCAAUUUCAUGAAGUCAGAUAACACACACACACAGCCAAACAGUGCU